AUAACACACUCAUCAUCAACGAAUGAUUGUUUCAUUAAACAUAGUAUGUGUUAGAUGUUAGUCCAAUUAGUCCUGAUUACAGUUUGAUAAAUUUGCCAUUAUUCAAAUGAGUACAGUUCACUUAGUUUUUUAAUUUUCGCAUUGUAAUUACUCUCAUCUUUAGCAUGAAGAUGAAUACUACUAGUUCCCAAGUUCUGAUUUCGAUUACUAUCCAACUUUCAAAAUGAUUUGUUUUGAUAACUAAUGUCAAUUUAUGGUACAUGUUCGGCGAUUUCGUUUUCAUCCAUUUGUUUACUUUUUCGGCAUAGACUACGUUAUCAAUCAUGGAUCCAGCGCUACUGAGAGAAAGAGAAUUAUUUAAGAAAAGAGCUCUCGCAACUCCAACUGUCGAAAAGAAGAAAAGAGAUACAGAGAGUUCUGCGAAGGAUGAAAUUAAGAAAAAGCCGAAAUUGUCGACUCCUUCUUUCAAUACAAACAGUAACUCCGCUAUUUUGAAUUACAAAACAGUAAGCGGUAAUUCACAAUUUAAAUUUGGUAUAUUAGCUAAAAUAGUGAAGUACAUGAAAACCAGACAUCAAGAAGGAGAUGACCAUCCAUUGACUCUGGACGAAAUAUUGGAUGAAACUAAUCAGUUAUUUGUCACGAACAAUAUUAAGACUUGGUUAGAAACUGAAGCUUUACCUAAUAAUCCUAAAAUUGAACUCACUCCCGAAAAGAAGUUCAUUUUUAAACCACCUUUAAAAAUUAAAGAUAAGAAAUCAUUACUGCGCUUGCUGAAACAGUACGAUUUGAAAGGUCAGGGUGGUAUUUUAUUGGAAGAAGUUCAAGAAUCAUUGCCACAUUGUGAGAAAGUCUUGAAACAUUUGCAACAUGAGAUUGUAUAUAUUACUCGUCCAGUUGAUAAGAAAAAAGUUGUAUUUUAUAAUGAUAAAACUGCCAAUUUGAAUAUAGAUGAAGAUUUUCAAAAAUUAUGGCGUUCCGUCACCGUGGAAAAUAUGGACGAUGAUAAAAUCGAAGAAUAUCUCGAAAAGCAAGGAAUAAAGUCGAUGCAAGAUCAUGGAAUCAAGAAGAAAGUAAUGCCUAUUAAACGUAAAAAACCGGUGAAUAGAAAUCGACAAAAUAGACGACCUCGUGAAAAUGAACAUUUGGCUCAUGUUUUAGAAAAUUAUGACAACAUGAUGUAAUUCGUUGAUUAUGUAGUAUAGGGUCUGAAAAGAUUUUAAGAUAUAAUUUAAAAGAAAUGCUGUUGGAAGUAUAUUUCAGCUUUUUGUUUUGUAAAUUCGUAGUGUACAUGAAUUAUUGUUGAGGUAUUUUAAAAAGCAAUUUAUCUCAUUGUAUUUGUAAUUACAGGUUAUUGCCUUUUUUUUAAAUGUAGGUUUCAUACAAUUUAUAAGCUAUGAAUGGUUUUCUGUAUUUAUAUGUUCUUUUCAUUUUCGUAAUAAAAUGUUUCGUUAUUCA